CCUUCUCGGGUACACUAGUAAACAAAUCCUCCAUGUUUAUAUUUCGCUGACCACCAUUCGAGAGCGUAUUUCUCGAGUAGAAAGCUUUUUAUUUCCAAGGCUUGGGUUCUUGAGUCAAAAUCGAACAUCCGACGAGUUUUCCAGAGUUGUAAAAGCGAGCAGAUCUUGUUUGUCUUAACGAAGAGCUCUUUGCAUAUGGAUGUGGCCAUUGGUCCAAUGUGACCCGCACUGAAGCGAGGGAAUUCUUGUCAGUAUAAAGACGCGAUUUCUUCAGACGUUACUAUUUACAUUAUUUGGAGCGAAUUUAAAGCUAAGCUAGGAAAUGGACGUGGUAAUUUCUAACGCUGUCAUGGAAGGAGUAUUGGCAUGAAUCGGUCCCUUUCUGUGGUUGUAAAUCCCUGGCGAAAAUGGAUGACCGGGCAGAUUCAGAUCACGAUGGUGUUCUCUCAGAUGACCAACCUCCACAUGCGACAGUAUGCAAAAAGAUGGAGAAGCUCAUACAUCAGAUGCAAGACGAAAAAGGUGGAGUGCCCAUCAGAACUGUAAAAAGUUUCAUGUCCAAGAUUCCAAGUGUUUUUACUGGAAGUGACCUUGUUGACUGGAUCAUGAGCAAUAUUUCUAUUGAGGAGAGAGGGGCUGCAGUGCACUUGGCCUCACUCCUUGCAGCAUAUGGUUACAUCUUCUCCAUCACUGAUCACCACUUGAUGGUGAAAGAUGAUGCUUCUUAUUAUAGGUUUCAGACACCAUUCUUUUGGUUGUCUAACAACUGGGAACCUGAGAAUGUAGAUUAUGCUGUGUAUUUGUGUAAACGAACAAUGCAGAAUAAGUCCAGACUAGAAUUAGAUGAUUACGAAGCAGAAAACCUAGCGAAGCUACAAAGAACAUUGUCGCGGAAAUGGGAAUUUAUAUUUAUGCAAGCGGAGGCACAAGCAAAGGUUGAUAAGAAGAGAGAUAAAAUGGAAAGACAAAUAUUGGAUAGCCAGGAGAGAGCUUUUUGGAAUGUUCAUAGACCGCCAGUAAGAAUACAAUUAGUAUUGGUCAAAGAAUUGCGAGAGAAACUUCACAGAAGACGAAUGAAAACAUCACAAGCCUCUGAAAGUUUUAUUCAGAGGUGUGAACAUUAUGCAGAAUAUGAUGCAUUUAUUUGGGCACCAGAGCCGUCAAAUCCAUGGAUAUCUGACGAUAUGACGCUUUGGGAUCAAGACAAGAGUUUACAUUACGUUCCUCCAAGGCGUGUGAAACGAUGGGCGUUCUCGUUGUCAGAACUUCUUGCCGAUCCUUUGGGAAGAAGACAUUUUGCGCGCUUUUUAGAAAAAGAAAUUAGCGCCGAAAAUCUAGGGUUUUGGUUAGCUUGUGAGCAACUCAAAGCAACGCCGAUACGGAAUGUACCCAGUAAAGCUCAGGAAAUUUUUAAUGAGUAUUUAUCUGAUAGUGCGACGUCUCCGAUUAACGUGGACUGCAAGACAAGAGAAGAAGUGGAGUUAAAUCUAAAGAAUCCCGGCCGAUAUAUGUUUGACGCCGCUCAGGAUCACAUAUUUCAGCUGAUGAAAUCUGACAGCUAUCGGCGUUUUAUCCGCUGUGAUCAGUAUAAAGAACUUCUUAAGGCUCCUGCCAAUAAACAGAAAAGCCCUCUACCCACAAAACCACUACAGAAUCUUGCGCGGAUUGCCGGGAAGACAUGACGCUAGGCCAUCUGGAUAAAUUGAAUUUUACAGUCUAUCUAGUCGAUAAAUUAUGCAAUCAUGCAUAUUAUGGAAACGUGUUGGAAUAUCUUUUGACAGUUUUUCCAGAACCGAGAACUUGAAUAUUUAUGUGUUUUUCGUCACAAGUCGUUGUCAACCAGAAUUCUAACAACGACUUCAUAUCCUUGGAACAGACCAUUAGAAAACAAACUUGCAGCGAGAUGGGAGGUUGAAGGAAUUUGUGUGUUCAUUUGUUUGUUUAUUUUGUUGUUGUUUAUGGUUAUUAUUCCUCUGCAGUAAAUGGCUUGAACCCGGG